CUUAACUUAUUGAUCGUGGCGUGGUGAGUUGUCAUUCUUUGAUUUAUUCAGUUCCUAGAUGCGUGAUAAGUGGCGAAAAAAGAGGAUGAGGAGACUGAAGCGCAAACGAAGGAAAAUGAGGGAAAGGAGCAAGUGAUGUAAUCGUUGUGAAGCCCUUGUACCUUUGUGGGAGAUCAAAUAAAUUCUUUCCACACUGAUGUCUUCUGUUAUUUUAAUGUGGGCAUUAGACAUGUUAUUGAAUGAGUGUUUAUUAGUUAGGAAACUAAGUUUUGAUUAUGACAUCUGCAAGAAAGUCAUAUCCCGUCAUUUGUUCUGUAGGCUAGUGAACCGGAUGACGUUGAAUUUGUGGAUGGAGAUGUGGAUUGGAUUGAAGAUGAGAAUCAGUCUGUGAACAACUCGGAUGAUGAAUCGAUUAACGGUGAGUGGCUUUUUCAGCCGUGCUAUCGGCCCAGUGCUACGAGAAGUCAUGUGUUGUGUUCCCUUGCUUCGAUUUCAGGCGUGAAAGCUCCAUUUUAGUUUCGGGACCUAUUAACCGGAAGUAACGGGCUGUUAGCUACCCUGUAGGUGAUUUAUCCCUAUGGUUAUCGACUAGGUCCCGGUACUUGGUUUUUUUACUUAUACCCUGUGUGGUAACAAUUACUGUGGUGACAUGCCACUAGUCGACUCAAUAGGUUGUGGGUGGUGGAUCCUAACGUGAUGUUUGUUUCCGAAACUAGAGUGUUGGUUCAUGGCCGGCUCGGUAUUCUCUGGAGGAGCGAUGCUUCGAAUGAAGCCUUCCUGAAUUUUUUUUGAGAACAGUGCGUUAGUACGCGUGACUAGUUCCUUCAACAGAAAUCUAACUAUGUGGUUGAUCUAGGCCGCUAUUAUUUGAUUCAUGGUACCUGAUCAGCUUGCCAGACGUCAAACUUCUAACUCCAUCCGGGCUUAUCCGACUGUCACGUGACAGGCUAACUUUGGUAUGUUAGAUAGCUCAAGCGAGUUCGACCUCAUGUAGCGCACAUCCGAUAAGUUCUAGGUGAAUAUUACUGGACGGUGUAUUUGCCAAGUCUAUGACGUUAACUAGAUAUGGCUCUACUGAAGAUAAUUCGUCAAUAGACACUUGUCGCUACGGUUUCGUUUCACGCUUUUGUCGUAAGCUCUAAUACUUUACAUCAGUCGAAAGAGCAAUGCUUAAAAUAUUCAGUACACACUAUUGGUUUACAUAUACUGACGGCCAUUUGCGAGUUGAAGGGUCACUGUCGGCCCAUAGGCGACCUGCACAGACCAGGUUUUCGAAUGUAAGCACGAUAUCCUCCAAGCAAACCAUUUUUUGUUAAUGGGGCACGGAUAGCUAGGUUGGUGUGAGGUAGCUUCAUAGGUCUGUAAACUGAAUUGUUUAUAACACUGGUUACUGCUAGUGAGCUUUCGAUCCUAUACGGUUUUCUUACAAUGAAUACUUACUAGUGCUACUUAUGUAUACCUGAAGCCAGAUCCCAAAAAUAAAAAUGAUUUUCGACUGGUGUUAGUUUAUUAAUAUUGCACUGGUUUACGUGGUGGCCGUGCGUCAGAAGACCGUAACAGAUGUAUGUUAGACUCAAACAGAUUGCAUUUAUGACGUCAUUGAUAAAAAUAAUGAAGAGCAUCAAUUCCCCUAAUAGGAGUUGGGUAUUGUUAAGCAGCACCUAAAAUUCAUAUCUUUUUGAAUAUUAUUGCGGGUAAAGUGUUCCUCCCUAUCGAAGCGCGUCGAGAUUUGACCAGUGGAACUUGUUCAGUAUUAAAAAACCUUAUUACGGAGUCGUUUACAAGUCAGACAAAUAAAGAAGCUGAAGUGGUGGACAGUAGUAUGGAUGUUGUACAGUAUUUUUCACCUACUCAAGAUGAUACAUUCAAAUUGCUCUCAGGCCAUAAAGAAAGCGUCUUCUGUUUAGAUUUUGAUAGUACUGGUAAAUUUCUUGCAUCCGGUGGACAAGAUCAUAUUGCUAUAAUAUGGAAUGCAGCAACUGGUGAAAUUGAAUUCAUUUGUCAAGGUCAUGAUGAUUCUGUGAAUUGUGUUAGUUUCAGUCCAAAUGGUGAUUAUUUAUGUACUGGUGAUAUGGCUGGAAAUAUUCGUAUUUGGUUAAGACCGUUGAUAGAAGAAAACUCGAAAGAAUGGAAAUUAUUAAGAGCAGAAACUGUUAAUGAUUUAUUAUGGAUUAAAUGGUGGAUAUCACCUUCAAAUGCUGUACGAAAUAUGAAUAAUGAACUUCCAAAACCUGCUCUACUUUUAGCUGGUGAUGAACAUAGUUAUGUUAAUUAUUGGGCUGUAAGUUCUAGCAUAUCAAACAAUCAGGGGAAGUGUAUAUCAAUGGCGUAUACGUAUGAUCGUGAUCAAGCUGCAUUAGAUGGAAUUAUUCUACCAAGUUUUUCUAAUACUAAAAAUCCAAAAUUAGCAGUACUUCAUCGAAAUGGCGAUCUACGUGUAUGGGAUAUAAAGACACUGACAUUAAUUGGUUCUAUUAAAUUAUUCGAUAAAUAUUCUUCUUUAUCUAAUCAAUGCGGUCAACAUUUAGAAGUAUAUCAAAUGAUUUCAUUACAGUCAUUGAAAACUCAAUCUAAUACAAAUGAUAACUUGAAUCAUGAUUUAUUAUUAAUUACUGGAAAUGGAUUUAUAUGUCCUAUCUCUAUUAAAUUUGAUGGGGAAUUACAUUUUAAGGUUUUAGAUAUCAUUAAAACAGGUGAUGAUGGAUCCGUUGAAGCAUUAAACUGUUCUUGGACACAUCCAUUAUUUGCUUUUGGCUCUAUCACUGGUGUACUUGGAAUUUGUGAUGCUCAUACUAUUCGUGUUCGUCAAAAAUGGACGUACAUAGAUGAAGAUGACGCGCAACCUAUCGGUAUUACAUCAUUAUGUUGGAGUCGAUAUAAACCUAUAUUUUUCACAGCUACCACUAAAGGUUCCAUAGUUGCAUGGUGUGGUAUUACUGGAUUAACAGGAAAAUCUUCAUCUGGUUUAUUAACAGAAAAAACUCCUUUAAAAAUAUGGUGGGGUCAUAAAGCAAUGAUUCUUUAUUUAACUCUACCACCAUUUUGUAAAUCUAUAGACGAUAAUAAUAAUAAUGAUAAAAUUGAACCAUUCUUGUGUACAGCAUCAGAUGAUACAACUAUUCGAUACUUUGCUAUUGAUAUUUCAUCAUAAUUCUAUGCUCUCUUUAUCUUUUGUUUCUUGUUUCCUUUUUGUUUCUCUUAUAAAGAAAUUCUGUUUGGAAAGGAAACUUAUACAUAUUUUGAUAUGGU